ACACUCCCCCCGCCGCGCCGCGCCUCCCGUGGUGCCCCGCGCGGCAUGGAGCGGCGCGUGGCGGAGCGGCUCCGCGGCGCCCUGGACCCCUUCGGCUUCGAGGUGCACGCCUUCAAGGUUGGAUGGUACAAUGCUGUCGUGCAGCCCGCCUUUCAUCUCCCCUACCCAGAUGACACACUGGCCUUCGUGGUACUCAGCGCGCCUUCAAUGUUUGAAAAAGCCCUUAAACCUUUUGUGAACAAAGAACGGUUAAAAAUAAUCCGGGAUCCUGUGGAUCAGUGUGUUUCUUAUCAUUUGUCACGUUUGAAGGAGAAAUUCCCUGACCAGACAGUGGACAUCAUGUUUGAUUACGAGCUUCUGCCAAACCGAAAGCCAAAGUUCUUGGCUCAGACAGCUGCCCACGUUUCUGGAGCUGCGUAUUACUACCAAAGGAAGGAUGUGAAGCUUGAUCCUUGGGGGGGAAAGAAGAUCUUUGGUGUAUGUAUCCAUCCCAGGUAUGGUGGCUGGUUUGCUAUCCGAGGUCUUCUCCUCUUCCCAGAUAUUCAGGUACCAUUCCUGGAGCAGCAUGCCCCUGUUGACUGUGUGAGCACAGAGGAGCAAAGAAUUGAGUUGCUGGAGCAAUUCAAUUUCCACUGGCAGGACACUCGCUACCGGGACAUAAUUGAAGUGAGGGAAAAGUAUUCAGAGGAGCAGAAAACCUACUUUGCCACCCCUCCAGCGGAGAGAUUCAAACUGCUAGGGCUGACCCAAGAAGUCCACAGAAGCAUAUUUCACUGAGUAACAAGGUUCUAUGAAGGGACAGAGGGCAAGUGAAGUGUAACUCAUCAGCACCUUCUUUUCCAUGGUGCUGAUGAGGACAGUGUGCUGAUACAGAGGUGGCAAAUCCAAGGAGUGUGUGCAGUGUCUCAAUCCAAACAUCAGCUCCUCAGAGUAAGAGGGACCGCUGCAUUUUGGCACUUGUGGUCUGGAGGAAGGUGGGAGCAGUCUGUGCUGUUGCUGAUUUGCUGUGUCUUUUUGGAGUCUGGCAAGAUGCUGAUGAGCCAUUGGUUGGGAAAAGUUCAGCCAUCCUGGCAGCUGGAAAACUCAUGCUGCUCAAUGGAGAAGUCAUUUUUAUUCUGAAGAAUUUUCUUUCCAAAUGUUUUAGGUUUAUUCUGUGUACAAGUAAAAUUUCAAUCAUUGUACUCCAGAAUAUUUCACCUGAUCUCAGGGCAGGUAUUCUUUUAGACGUAUCCUGCAUUUUAUUACCCUGUGUCAUAACUCUCCUUAGCGAGUAAGUGUCCAGUAUUUUCAAUAUUGCCUUCCUCAGAAGGAAAAUUACGCUGAAUUCCUUCACUUCCAGUGAAGCUGGCUGAACUUAAGUAAGAACUCUUUUAAUGUCUCCUUUCCUUAACAUCCAAAAGAAAAUUCUCCAGAGAUUGUUUUGUUGAGUAGCGUGGUCGUGCACAUGGAGCAGGAGUAAGGAAAACAGAGCCGACAGCUACCUCCUUCAGGGUAGUUACAAAAGGGAACAGGACAGUACGAAGGUCACAGCUCAAACCUGCCAUUUCCUCUUGGCCCAGGGUCAGCUCCUCAGAGCAAGGUGAUGUCUUUAGGUCAAUUUUAAUCCAUUGUAUAGAGCAGCCAACUAACAUCUUCAGCAAGAUGCUGAGUGUUGGUUUUAUUCAUGUUACAAUAACUGACUAAAAAAGGCAAUUCUAAUGACCUUUUCCUAAGGUAGAUGAGGUUUGCAUUUAAGGUACAAGCUACACACACUACAGUUUUACUACCAUGGCUUCCCGUUGUACUUUCUGUAUGAGGGAGGUAAACCUGCACACACAUAAAAACCAUUGCAUGAAUGUUUGCAUGUGUGACAGGUUUGCCUGUCAUGCACACAGGCAAACAAGCAGAGAGAAGAAAAAAUAUUCAUGACAUUCAUGUGACAUAUUGCUGGGUAAAAUACUUUCAGACAGCAACAUAAUUUUUAUUCAUUAUUUUCUCCUGUUAGAUUUGUCCAGAGGUUACAACGUCACUGGGAAUCAGCAAUUUAAUUUAUCUGAGGGUACUUUGAGGCUCGGGCCUCACUGAAAUAAUAUCAUAAAUAGUAUUUUGUGAGAGUUUUGUUACUUGACUAGAGUACAGUGCUGCAAACUCUAAGCACUUUUCCUCUGCCUAUCAACAUGAUGAAGUAAAAAUACACUCUUUGCAGAACUGAGCCCUUUCGUUUUAUUUAACAUUGUUAGUCUUGCUGCCUUUUGGAGACUCAAACACUAAGAUGGCCUUCACACUAAGUCACUGCUUGAUACACUUUUUCAUAGUCUGAAUAUUAACUAA